AUGGCACAAUCUGCCGCUUCCAAACUGUCCCAGAUGGGUGAAAGAACUAAACAACUGGGCAACGCAAUACAAGAGCCAGAGCAGCAGAAACGGAUCAUUCUGGUCAUAGUCUGCGUGGUACUUUUGUUAGACAACAUGCUUUACAUGGUCAUUGUGCCAAUUAUACCUGACUACCUCGCAGGGCUACAAAAAACAGCAGAUAAUGCCCAAGCUGCUCUGCCGCACACCAACCUCACCAACAGUACCAUCCACAAAGUACCUAAAGGGAACUUUGACCUGCAGAUAGGAAUUCUUUUUGCAUCCAAAGCCAUCCUGCAGCUCUUAGUGAAUCCUCUAAGUGGCACGUUUAUAGACAGAGUAGGCUAUGAACUCCCGCUGGUGAUCGGGCUCAGCAUCAUGUUCCUGUCCACGCUUACGUUUGCCUUUGCUGAGAACUACGUGACUCUGUUCGUGGCGCGCAGCAUGCAGGGCCUGGGCUCGGCUUUCGCGGACACGUCAGGGAUCGCUCUGAUCGCUGACAGAUACACGGAGGAGGCCGAGAGGAGCAAGGCGUUGGGCAUCGCCCUGGCUUUCAUCUCGUUCGGAAGCCUCGUGGCGCCCCCCUUUGGAGGGAUCCUUUACGAGUUUGCAGGGAAGCGGGUGCCCUUUCUGAUACUGGCCUGCACCUGUCUUGUUGACGGCGUGUUGUGCCUGAUCGUGCUGAAGCCCUUCUCAAAUCGAGAGAGAGAAAACAUGCCUGUGGGCACACCAAUGUACAAACUUAUGAUUGAUCCAUACAUAGCCGUAGUGGCCGGGGCACUGACCAUCUGUAACAUCCCCCUCGCUUUCCUUGAGCCCACGAUCGCUAAAUGGAUGGAGGAAACCAUGGAUGCCACUGAGUGGGAGAUCGGCCUGACAUGGUUCCCCGCUUUUUUCCCUCACGUCUUAGGCGUAUAUCUCACUGUGAAAUUAGCGGCCAAGUACCCUCAUCUCCAGUGGUUUUACGGUGCAAUAGGGAUGGUGUUUAUAGGCGCGAGUUCGUGCACUGUGCCAGCCUGUAAAAACUUUGGCCAGCUCAUGAUCCCGCUGUGCGGAAUCUGCUUUGGCAUCGCCUUCGUGGACACGGCACUCCUGCCCACGCUGGGGUUCCUCGUCGAUGUGCGGCACGUGUCAGUGUACGGCAGUGUGUACGCAAUCGCGGACAUUUCUUACUGCUUGGCCUAUGCGAUGGGGCCCGUGGUGGCUGGGCAGAUAGUGCACGACCUGGGCUUCGUUCAGCUGAACUUGGGCAUGGGGCUCGCCAACGUACUUUACGCACCGGCGCUCCUUCUGCUGAAGAACGUGACUCAGAUGAAGCCUUCCUACUCCGAGCGAAACAUGCUCCUGGAAGAUGGUCCCACGGGGCUAUACGACACGAUCAAGAUGGAGCAACGUGAGAAGAAGAAAAAGGGCUUGUGCACAACGAUUGACGACAACGGCAUUGAGACUUUUGCUCAACGCUCGUACUCGGAGGAGGAAUCCUCAGGAGGAGAGUACGCGUAA